AAUUGGCAAUUUCAUGGUCGGGUUUGGUCGCGCUUACGGGGAAUCGCCGCGAUUCCAUGUUCUUACGACAUUUAUUAUUUAAUAUCUAAUUAAUAAAAAUACCUACAACUUUAAAAACUGUUUAGGUGCAUGCUAAAUGAAUUGAAGAAGGAAUAGUUAAAUUUUUUAAGGCUGGAAAAAAUUAUUUUUUUUUUUAUAACGAAUUGAAAAAAAAAAGCGGGGAAUCGCUCAUAGCGCGACCAACGAAGGGUUAAUGGUAUUAUACAUAAGUCGGUUAAAGUUUGUGGUCUUUAUUUUUAUAAGUAACCUAAAAAGCUUACGACAUCCUUUUCAUUUCCUAGCGUUUAGAUUAAGAACAAUCUUCGUCAUGUUAAUCAAUUUAUAACUAUUAAUUAAUCUAUUAUUUUAGUGAUAUCAAAUCUUUUUGUCUUAUAAUCACAGUGAACAAAUAUGAAGCUACUCAAAAUCAGAGAAUUAAUCCGUGAUAUACCAACAGGUGGACCCUUAGAAGUAUUCAGAAAACGAGCAAGUUUUGAUUGGAAAUCGCUAAAAUUUAAUAUUUUCGGGGUUGACUCUCUUGAGUAUCAUGAAAAAGUUUAUAGGUUUAUUGAGAGUUCACCCGAUUUCCAGAGGCCAUCAAAAACUCUCACUUUGGACGAAUAUCGACGAAGAUGUUUUAAUCAGAUAAAAACUCUUUUCAAAAAUGAUCUUAUUGAAUCAAAUGGUUUGUCUCUGAAUGCUUACAUCGAUUAUGAUUCUUCAUUACCGGUAAUUAUAGGUAUUUUAUAUGCUAUGGUACCAGGAGUAGUUUUCUCCCUGGGUACUGAACGUCACAUAGAUUAUGUCAGCAAGUUUCAUAGCGGAGAAUAUCGAGGAUGCUUUGCACUUACUGAAGUUUCUCAUGGGACUAAUGCAAAAGGCAUGAGAACGACUGCAACCUAUGAUAUAACUUCACAAAGUUUUAUUUUGAAUUCACCAGAUUUUGAAGCCACUAAAUUUUGGAUAGGGGGUUUAGGUAAACAAGCAACGCACGCAAUAGUUUUUGCUCAAUUAAUAACUCCAGAUGAAAUUUGUCAUGGUCUCAAUAUCUUCAUUGUACCUAUUCGAGAUCCAAAUACAAUGCUGCCGAUGCCGGGAAUAACAAUAGGUGAUUUAGGUGAAAAGGUUGGACUCAAUGGUGUUGAUAAUGGUUUCAUAAUGUUUCACAAUUUCAAAGUGCCUAGAGAAAAUUUGUUGAAUAAGAUGUGUGAUGUCACAAUAAAUGGACAUUUCAUAUCAGCGAUUAAAGAUCGAAGCAAAAGAUUUGGUGCAUCACUUGGAACUCUUUCUCUUGGUCGAGCUAACAUUACCAAUAUUUGUUUUAAAUACUGUUCAUUGGCAAUAGUUAUUGCAGUUCGAUAUUGUGCUGUUCGCAAGCAAUUUGGGCCUUCAGAAACUGAAGAAUGGCCAGUUUUACAGUAUCAAGCAUUGUAUGGAAGACUGAUGCCACACUUAGCAGCUACUUAUGCUAUUCUUAUUUUUUCAACAACUUUUCUGAAGCAAGUUCAAAUUUUUCAAGCACAUUUAUUAAAUCCUGAAACAAAAGAUGAAGCAGCUGCUGAAGGUUUGGAAAUCCAUGCUCUUUCCUCAGCUACAAAGCCUCUUUGCUCUUGGACAGUAAGAGAUAUUAUUCAAGAUUGUCGAGAAGUUUGUGGUGGUAUGGGAUAUCUUAAAGUUGCUCGCCUAGGAGAUUUAAGAGCAGAUCAUGAUGCAAACUGUACAUAUGAAGGUGAAAAUAACGUGUUAGUUCAACAAGCAAGCAAUUGGCUCCUAAAUUUCACUUCCAACUUCAGUAAUGGUAAACCUAUACCUUCGCCUUUGAAGUCUAUUGAUUUUUUGGCUCAGGGAAAGAAAAUUCUUCAAACAAAAUUUACAUGUAUGAAUAUGGAGGAGACUUUAGAACCUGAAAAUUUACAGAAAGCUUUCCAAUGGCUACUUUGUUACUAUUUUGAAAAAACUUAUCGGCGUGUUGAAAUUUUGAAAAGUGGAGGAAAUGAUCCAUUUACUAUAAGAAAUGAUUCGCAAACAUUCUAUGCUAAAUCAUUAUCGCUCAUUUAUGGCGAGCAUGCCAUCUUCAAAAGUUUUAUAGACAAAAUAGAAGACCCAUGCUGGAGUAAUGAAGAAAAAAUAGUUUUGAAAAAAAUGUGUUCUUUAUAUGGCUCUUCUUGCCUUGAACGUUGGCUAGGUGACUUGUAUAGUGGGAAGUUCGCUGAUAGUACAUCAAAAAUAGACCAGUUUCUACGUGAAGGGAUCAUUAAACUUUCUAAAGAACUUGUUAAUGAAGCUGUAUCACUUGUUGAUAUUCUUUCGCCUCCAGACUUUAUAUUGAAUUCUCCUUUAGGAAUGUCAGAUGGAGAGGUUUAUAAACAUCUUGAAAAAUCAUUACGUCAAAAUAAAGAAAAUUCCGAUCGUCCUUCAUGGUGGAAAGAAAUGGUAGCAAAGCUUUAAUCUAAAACUAAAGUUGGAAAUGCUUAGAGGAUGAAAAUUUUUCAUUAUGAAGCGAGAAAUAUUGAUUUUACAACAAUAUUUUAAUCUGAAGAACGAUGGAUUGUUAAUUUUGUUUUAUUUCAAAAUUAAUCUGAUUAUUUAUUCAUAAUCUUGUUCUUCAAACAAAACUAGUAUGGAACAUUAUCAUAAGAUGAUAAAUACUUAAAAAAAUAAUUUUAUAACCAUGAAUUCAGUGCAAUAAAGGUGAUAA